GACCACAGCAAAGAGGGUGCUUUCUCUGGGUGGGUUCAGUCGGCCGCGCUGGGGACGCAGGAAACGCAACCAAGCCGCAUGCGCAAGCGGGUGUGGCGGACGGCGCCGAUCUAAUAGAAGUAUCUCUCCGCCCCGGCGGAGGACGCGGCGGGCGGUAGGAUACGCUCGGCCGCGAAUCUUGUUGGGCCUCUCCGCAGCGCGGUCGCGGAAGCUGAGGGUGGCUGCGAGGUCUGAGCGGGACCACGUGUGCAGAGUGCGUGCGCCGGGUGUCAGUUCGUUGGCAUUAAGUACACUCUCAUGUUGUACGACUAUCACCACUAUCCAUUUCCAGAAUACUCCGUGUAACCAGCACUAGAAAAGAUGCCAGCCCCAGCUGCCACAUAUGAAAGAGUAGUUUACAAAAAUCCCUCAGAGCACCACUACAUGAAAGUCUGUCUAGAAUUUCAAGAUCGUGCAGUUGGACUGAAUGCUGCACAGUUCAAGCAGCUGCUUCUUUCAGCCCUGAAGGACCUAUUUGGGGAGGUUGAUGCUGCUUUACCCUUGGAUGUCAUAACCUAUGAAGAGAAGACCUUGUCAGCCAUCUUGAGAAUAUGUAGCAGUGGUCUUGUCAAACUGUGGAGCUCUUUGACCCUUUUAGGAUCCUAUAAAGGCAAGAAAUGCGCUUUCAAAGUGAUUCAGGUCUCUCCCUUUCUCCUUGCGUUAUCCGGUAAUAGUAGAGAAUUAGUAUUGGAUUGAAUAGUCCUCAAUUUCCAGAAACAUCCCUCAGCUUGCCAAAGCAUGUGCCAGCAUGUUUGAAGACUGAAGCAGGC